AUGAGUGGAACAACCGAAUCAAAUAAGCACUUACACAAAUCACUUAAAUUUAUUUUAAUAAUCGCUCAAGUUUUUGGAUUUUUUCCGGUCAAAGGUAUUUUAUGUGAUUACGUAUUUUCUCUGAGGUAUUUCUCUAUAUCUGCGCGAGAACUUUUAUCCCUUUUCGUGUGUGUUAUUGGGUGGCUGGAUUGUCUUGCAAACGUAAGAAUAUUAAUCAAUAGCGGCUUUAACGCACACUACUUAAAUGGCGCGGUGUUCAGUUUCAGUAACGCAACAUAUUUUUUUCUUUUUUUGAGAUUAGCGAGAGAGUGGCCAAAAUUUAUGAAACACUUAGUUCGACUGGAAAAUCAAUUAUUUGCGAGAUAUAACUGGCCGCACAAUUUUGACUUUAACGUAAAACUGUUUGCUACGAUUUUUCUUUGUUGGGAGCUUGUGGAACAUGUUGCCGUUCAGGGGAAUAAAAUAAUUGUGGCUAUAAAUUGCAAGGGAUCCUUUGAACUUGUCAUUCAACAUUACUUAAAGACAAUGGGGUUUCGACAAGAGUUUGAACUGAUCCAUUACUCUCACCUACGAGGCGUUAUUCUCCAGGCAGUUAACACGUGCUUUGCGUGCUGUUGGACAUACGUGGACUUGUUUAUUUUAUUAGUCUCUUAUUAUUUCACCGCAAGGUUUAAACAAAUAAGAAAACAUGUUCUUUCACUCAAAAAUGAUAAAAUAAUAUCAGAGAAGGAGUGGAGAGAUGUGCGAGAAGAUCAUAAUCAACUGUGUAAUAUUUGUGCUCUUUUCAACAAGAAGUUGUCCAGUUUUAUAUUAUUAUCGGUUUUCACGAAUAUUUAUUACAUGGUUUUUCACAUUUUUAGAAUUGUGAACGUAAAACAUACAACUCUAGAGUUUGUGUAUUUUAUUUUAUCUUUUGGUUUAUUAAUUUCGAGGACUAUUGGUAUGUGCUGGGUUGGAGGACUGCUGUUCGAAGAAACUAGAGCUUUUCUUCCUGCUCUUGCUUCGACACCAACAAAAAUGUGUAAUAUCGAGAUCGACAGAUUUAUUGAGGAAGUGCGCUGCAGGAGUAUUGGGUUUACUGGAAAAAAAUUCUUUACGAUAAACAAGCUCCUAAUUUUGAAGGUGAAACCGUUUAUCAUCUUUUUUGUGAAAAAAUAA